UCCUGGACAGUUCAACUCAUCGAGGCAGGGGCGAAUCCAGGAUUUUCGUUCGGGAGGACAAAAAUAUUACUUGAUAUAAUUAUUACAUAAUAUUUUUUUUUUCAGGGAAGACAAAAUGUAAAUUUUACGUAGUAAAAUUCAUAAAUUAACGUAAUUUUGGGACAAAAUUAUAAAAAAGCCAAAGUCCCCCUGGUAUUACAUUGGCUCUGGCCCUGCAUCGAGGUAACCUCUUUCUGCUUCAUCUCGAAGGAACAAAGCAGUGGUUGCGAUGAAAAUUUUACCGGUUUACGAGGUUCGAUUUCUCGCGCCUUUUGCCUAACCCGAAGCAGCAGCCUUUCUGUACCUUUCCUUAAUGGCGUGACGAUCGGAUAGAAUAUGUAUUCAGGCCCUGCUUCCAUUUGUACGGUGGAACAACCUCGGAACAUGAAUUUAAUUGGUUUCUGUUCGGGGCACUCGCAGGACGAGGGCCCGAAAUAGCCAUUGGAGAUGAGCUUCUCGCUCAAGUCAGACAUUUAUCAGUCCCUGAAAUUGCUCGAACUGGUUUCCCCUGCCUCCAACAACCGAUCCAGGGGCUCAAUCAAAUUGUUACGAUUGCCCCAUACCCGAAUCUCUAACGGGUCUGUUAGAAUCGAAUCCGCGAAUGCUGAUGCUGUUCGUGGAAAUUGGAACCAGUAUGAUCAACAAGAGCUUGUUGAUAUGUUGCAUCGAUGCGCAGAGAACAGGUCCCUCAUUGCUGCAAAAUCAGUGCAUGGAUUUGUGCUGAGAUAUUAUCCUUGUGAGGUCAAUUUAAUUGUACUACUGAAUCAUGUUGCUUAUGCGUACUCGAGGUGCCACGACUUCAGGGCUGCUCGUCACGUGUUUGAUAAUAUGCCCGAGAGGAAUGUGUUCUCAUGGACAGUCAUGAUAUUAGGAUCAAUAGAGAAUGGCCUGUUUCAUGAUGCAUUAGGAUUCUUCCUCGAAAUGCAUAAUCAAGGAGUCUCACCCGACAAAUUCGCUUAUUCUGCAAUCGUCCAGUUGUGCAUUAGUUUAGGUUCGAUUGAACUGAGCGAAAUCGUGCAUUCCAAGAUUAUCAGAUCAGGUUUUGCCUCUAAUACUUUCAUUGGCACGUCUCUCCUUAGCAUGUAUGCAAAGUUGGGAAGGAUGGAGGAAUCUCGUAGGUUAUUCAACUCCAUGGCAGAACAGAAUGAGGUCUCCUGGAAUGCGAUAAUAUCAGGUUUUACGUCAAAUGGUUUCUACUCCGAUGCGUACGACUACUUCCUUAGAAUGAAGCAAGGAGGGUUGAAGCCAAAUGCUUACACAUUUAUAAGUGUCUUGAAAGCAGUUGGGAAGUUAGGUGACAUUGAUAAGGGGAGACAAGUGCACAGCCAUGUUUCUGAAACAGGAAUGGACUCUAAUGUCUCUGUUGGAACUGCCCUGAUUGAUAUGUAUGCCAAAUCUGGAUCAAUAUCUGAUGCAAGGGGUGUCUUUGAAAUGAAUUUCAUGGAAUGUCGAGUCAAUGCUCCAUGGAAUGCGAUGAUAUCGGCUUAUUCCUAUUGCGGUCUGAGCAGAGAAGCUCUGGAAUUAUAUGUUGACAUGUGCCAAAGGAGCAUAGAAUCUGAUAUUUUUACCUACUGCAGUGUUUUCAAUUCUAUUGCUGCUUCAAAAAACCUCAGAUUCGCGAGGGAAGUUCACGGGAAGGUCUUGACAUCAAGAAAUAGUUUAACGGUCACAGAAGUCAGCAAUGCUAUUGCUGAUGCAUAUGCAAAGUGCAGGUCCCUUGAAGAUGUAGAGAAGGUUUUCAAGGUGACAGAGGAUAAAGAUCUGGUUUCAUGGACAGCUAUGCUGACUGCUUACUCUCAGUGUUCCGAGGAGAUCAGCGCGCUCUCUUUUUUCUCACAGAUGAGGGAAGAAGGUUUCCUGCCUAACGAGUACACCUAUUCUUCUAUGCUCGCAGCAUGUUCAAGCCUUUCUUUUCUUGAAUACGGACGGCAGGUUCAUGGGCUUAUCUGCAAGGCAAGAAUGGAUAAUGAAAGGUGCGUAGAGAGUGCCCUAAUAGACAUGUAUGCUAAGUGCGGGAGUAUUACUGAUGCGAGUAGAGUUUUUGCAAGGAUUCAUAUGCCGGAUAUUGUUUCUUGGAGUUCUAUGAUUUCAGCUUAUGCCCUGCAUGGAUUAGUUGAAAAUGCCCUCAGACUGUUUGAAGCAAUGGAGAAGCUGGGGAUUAGGCCCAAUUCUGUUACUUUCUUGUCUGUUUUGUUUGCUUGUAGCCAUGGGGGCCUUGUAGAAGAAGGGCUGAGCUAUUUUGAUGCAAUGAGGAACGAUUAUGGUAUUACACCAGAGAUGCAGCACUACGCUUGUAUAGUUGAUCUUCUUGGCCGUGUGGGCCACCUUGAUGAUGCUGUUGGCUUUAUAAAGAAAAUGCCUAUUGAGCCUGAUGAAAUGAUCUGGCAGAGUUUGCUUGCAGCCUGUAGGGUCCAUGGAAAUAUCGAGCUGGGUAAAGUUGCAGCUGAGAAGAUCGUCUCAGUUAGACCAGAGGAUCCUGCUACUUAUGUCCUACUAUCUAAUACAUACUUUCAGAGUGGGAAGCUUGAAGAUGGGCGCGGCCUUAGGGAUCUGAUGAAGGGUUGGGGCAUGAAGAAGGAACCAGGAUUUAGUUGGAUUUCUGUGAAUGGAAGAGUUCAUAAAUUCUACGCCAGAGAUCAGGAGCAUCCUCAGAGGGAUGAGAUUUAUGCCGUAUUAGAGGAGCUCAGAGUGAUAAUGAAGCUCUUGGACUUGACUUAAAUCACGCAUUCAAAUAUAUACAGCCUACAGGAAAUCGUGGCUAAACUUUGCAGACUCAGCAUGAGACUGAAGAGAUUGCGAUAAACCUGGUGGAGAUUUACCAUACCGUAUCCACUUGAUGCAUGUUCUUUGCAGUGAUCGGUUCUCAAAAUUCAAUGCAGGACCCACACAUGAACCAAACACCGAAGCCAUCUUUUCUCAUGGUUCCCCCCCUGGGUUGCAUUAUUUCCUUGGAAAAGGAUCUCCUAUCUUCUAGGACUUGAUGAACUUGCAACUUAUUAGAGCAACUAUCCGAAAAGCACGUCACUGGCCUGUCAAUAUUCAGUCCGAAACGACAAAAAUAUAUAUACCCAACAACUGAGAACAUCUCCUCUCUCUUGUAAUGUCCCGUAUCGAAGAUAUGGCUAAGUUGUAAGUUUGUUUGGUGGUUUCCACUGGUGGCAUCUUUAGCUGGUACCUCAACAUGUGAAGGAAGAAGAAGAUGGGACAAGAGAACACAGUUUGAGUUGAUUUAUAUGCUCCACAAGUUAUCUCUUUUUCUUUUUCACCUUCUUUUAUGCAUAUAUAUUUAUAAUUAUAUUGUUGUCUCCUAAUCUUGUGAAUGACAUUCGUCUCUUGUAACUGACCCCGUGACGGAGAAAUGCUACAAAUCUCUUCGUUACUUUCGAUGGAAGGGCAGAGGACAGCGAUAGACUGAAUAAAGUGCCGAGGAGAGCAACUCCUCGAUUCUCCUCGGUUCUUACAUUUCUUAGUUGUUUGCUCUGUAACUUCAGAGAACCGACGAAUAGAAAAGAAAAGAGAAGAGAGGAGAAGCAUUAUGACAUUGUAACAUAUAGUUUCUGCUGUGGAUCUCUCCAUGAACUGAUAUUGAAGGCUCUGCCAUUUCGAUAAGACCAGUCAUGUUUGAUAA